AUGACGGACGGCACGUGUCUAAGGAGGAGGGGUGGCCCCUACAAGACCCCUCCGGCCACGGAGCUGCGGCACUGGCGCCUGAGCAAUGAGGAGGGCCGGCAGCGCUGGACCUACUGCCCCCCUGGGGCCACCCAGGACCCUCCCAGGGAGCAGAGCGCCAUCGAAGCCUUCUGCUUGGGCCUGGACACGAGCCGCUACUUUGAGGAGCUGCCCCCCGCCGAAACAGCGCUGCAGGGGGCCCUGAAGGGCUUGAAGUUCUACUCGAAGCUCCAGGCCGAGGACGGGCACUGGCCUUCGGACUACGGCGGCCCCCUCUUCCUCAUGCCAGGACUCCUGAUCACAUGCCACGUGACCAACACUUCUCUUCCAGCUGAGCACAAAAAGGAAAUGGUUCGCUACCUGCGAUCUGUGCAGCUCCCAGAUGGCGGCUGGGGCCUGCACAUCGAGGAUAAGUCCACAGUGUUUGGCACAGCCUUGAACUACGUCUCUCUCCGAAUCUUGGGGGUUGGGCCAGAUGACCCCGACGUGGUGCGAGCCAGAACGAACCUUCACAAGAAAGGUGGUGCUUUGGGAAUCCCUUCGUGGGGAAAGUUCUGGCUGGCCGUCCUGAAUGUUUACAGCUGGGAAGGACUGAACAGUCUCUUUCCUGAAUUAUGGCUCUUCCCCAGCUGGAUCCCUGCUCACCCGUCGACUCUGUGGUGCCAUUGUCGUCAGGUCUAUCUGCCCAUGAGCUACUGCUAUGGCGCGCGCCUGCAGGGCCCGGAGGACGAGCUGGUCCAGAGCCUCCGCCAGGAGCUUUACGUCGAGGACUAUUCCAGCAUCGACUGGCCGGCCCACAGGAAUCAUGUGGCGGCCUGUGACCUGUACACGCCCCAUAGCUGGCUCCUAAACCUGACCUAUGUUCUGCUCAACCUGUACGAGAGCUGCCACCUGACGAGCGUGAGGAAGCGCGCCCUGGCCACGGUGUUCGAUCACAUAGCGGCCGACGACCGCUUCUCCAAGUGCAUCAGCAUCGGCCCGAUCUCUAAAACCAUCAACAUGCUGGUCCGCUGGCACGUGGAGGGGCCCACCUCCCCAGCGUUCCAAGAACACGUCUCCAGAAUUGCAGAUUACUUAUGGUUGGGGCUUGACGGCAUGAAGAUGCAGGGUACCAAUGGCUCUCAGCUCUGGGACACGGCCUUCGCCAUUCAAGCUUUCCUAGAGGCUGGGGCUCACAACCUGCCAGAGUUUUCAACUUGUCUAAAAGGGGCGUAUGAAUUCCUUCGAGUUACCCAGGUUAAGGAUAAUUUGGAGGACUACCAGAAAUAUUAUCGCCAAAUGAACAAGGGCGGCUUCUCCUUUAGCACGCGGGACUGCGGUUGGAUUGUCAGCGACUGCACGGCCGAGGCCCUGCAGAGUCUCCUGCUUAUGCAAGAGAAGUGCCCCUUCAUCACGGAUCCUGUCCCCAAGGAGAGACUCUUUGAUGCCGUCAACGUGCUCUUGAGCAUGCAGAAUUCAGAUGGUGGGUACGCCACGUAUGAGAAGAAGCGUGGAGGGCGGCUCUUGGAGCUACUGAAUCCCUCCGAGGUGUUCGGAGACAUCAUGAUCGAUUACUCGUACGUGGAGUGCACGUCGUCGGUCAUGAAGGCGCUGAAGCUCUUCCAGACACGCUACCCCGAGCACAGGGCCCAGGAGAUCAGGCACACUCUCCAGGAGGGACUGCGUUACUGUCGGCAGGUGCAGAGGGCCGACGGCUCGUGGGAAGGGUCUUGGGGCGUGUGUUUCAUCUACGGGACCUGGUUCGGCCUGGAGGCGCUGGCUUGCAUGGGACACACUUACGGUGCCGACGGGGCUGCCUGUCCAGAGGUGGCGAAGGCCUGCGAGUUCCUGCUUUCCAAGCAGAUGGAGGACGGAGGCUGGGGGGAGAAUUUUGAGUCGUGUGAGCAGCAGCGCUAUGUGCAGAGUGAGGAGGCCCAAGUCUUCAGCACCUGCUGGGCCCUGUUGGGGCUCAUGGUGGCCAGGCACCCCGAUAUUGCUGCUAUAGAGAGAGGGGUGAAGUUCGUGCUUGGAAAGCAGCAGCCGAAUGGAGACUGGCCUCAGGAAAACACUUCGGGCGUUUUCAACAAGUCUUGUGCUAUCAGCUACACAAACUAUCGGAAUAUUUUUCCCAUCUUCGCCUUGGCCCGGUUUUCCCUCCUCUAUCCCCAGAACCGCCUCGCCGGCAAUGAACGGAUGAUGUGAAUGAGCCCGGAGCUGGGGUGGGCCGGGGCUGCUCGAGCUCUCCCAUUCUGGGCCCGGGCCCCUCUUUGCCCACCCCGACCCUUCAGUCAGCCAGAAACUCUUAGUCUGUUCGAGGAGCCCUUCUGUAAGAAGGGAGAGAACAGAGCCCAGGGCCACGCUUUCGGGGAGGACCCGGUCAUUCCCGAGCCCCUCUACCCUGCCCCACGAAUCAUGUUGUUUUGGGGAGGGUGGCCCGUCGUCCGUCCCCCAUGAAGGCAAGGACUGCCUUCCUCACCUCCUUGAGCAUUGGCCCAGUUUUCCCUCCAGGGGACAAUGACUGGGGAAGCUGCAUUGGGGCUUGAAGCUCAGAGCAGCUGUCAGUACCUUGAGUCCAGUCUCCUGACCCGGGCAGGAUCUCUUGGGCAUCUCUAACCCUAAAUUCGUGCCGAUUUCUAUUCUGACCUGCUUUCCCAGCUUCCUUCCCCUCCCCCUGGCAACUCACUGUCUAUGCACGAACCCCUAAGGUAGACUUCCCGAGAGGCCUCGGGGGUGGGAGGGCCCGAUAGGUUGGGCAUCUCUUGGGUCGUCCAGGAGGUGUGGGUGCUGCCCCUCCCCGAGCUGCUCUGGUGGGGAAUCGCUCCUAAGGAUGGCCACCAAGCAAGCAUUGGCAAGUGCUCCUCUGUCUGUAAAACUGGCUUCUGAGUCGUUUUCUGGCUUUUGGGGGGCUUGACUUGGGAGCCCGACGCAACGUAGACUUGGCAUAAAUUGCAGUUUUGAUGAACGUACUGACCUGCUUACAUGUCCUUUGGAAUCCUUGCUGCCACGCGCCUCAGACAGACGCGCACCCAAAAAGUAAGUGGAAGUGACCCACCACAAAGACGGCGUUUUUCCUCUUGCCCCGUCGCCCCCCAAAGCCGUAGCCCAUCCGAGCCAGUGGAACCUGGUGUUUGGAGACUUGAAGCCUCGACGGCCCAUGGCACUGGCCGAGGGCGAGGCGCCCAGCGGAAGUGACCCCCAGAGGAAGCAGAAAAAGAACCACCAGGGCCACGGUCUAGCGGAAGAGAUGUUAAGAAAAUGAAUGGAGGAGGGAGGGGGUGAAGGAAAGAAAGGCUGAGAGGUAGGCAUGGGUGUGCGCCACGCCGAGUGUAGACGCUGACGGGCACAAUAAGUGAGACCUGCAGCCAACAAAGCCAGUGGGCAGAAGGCACAGCCACCCCUCUGCCUUUGGGGAAGCUCUUCUGGGCGGGGGGGUACCUGCCACCCAAGGUGCACCCCCUCCUGUUAGUUGGGUUUGACUCUCGUAGCCCCGGGGAGGAAAUGAUGGGUAAUGGCAUCGCUGGCUGAAACCACUUGUCCACAAAGUCAAAGAAGGAAGGUUUUAUGAAACGAUUCGGGGUUAGGAGCUGUCCAUUGCCCUCUCUGGCCACACCAAGGUCAGCCUUGGUGUAGCCUCGAAAACCAGAUGGACACUGGGACCCCUCUGACCCCCACAAGCAA